AGACUGCGACAGUGAAUACAGCAGUGAUAAUGAUGAUGAUGAUGAAAAACGCUAUGAUUUCGAAGCCAGUAGAAAAACAGUGGAAAUGGCAGGAGCAACAGUAGUAACAAGAUCAAUAAUAACAUAGCAGAAAAUUUUGGAAAAGAUAAGGAAAAAAGUAACAAGACGCGAUAAUAAAUUUUGACACCUUAACCGCAAUAGUGAUAAUAAUAGAUAAAUAGAUAUGUAGAUAAAUGAAGAAAUAGUUAAUAAAAACAGUCUCUUCCAGACCUGAGGAACCGCGUAUAUACCUCAACAGACGUCCUCGAAAUGUCCAACUCGAAGCUGCAUCCCUACCACUUCAAGGACCAGAGUCUCAUGACCUUCCGUCUCUACGAGAUGAUCAUGACGAAGGGCGGGAGCGUCCUGCGGUGGGUGCUCUCGUGGGGGACGCCCAGGAGGCAGCCGAAGCAAUUCUUCGACGAGUACCUGGUCGAGGCGAAGGGCCUUUCCCGCGGCCUCAUCAGGAGAGUCUUCAACCAAAGUCAGAGGGAGAAGAUGAAGCGGGAACUCGCCUGGGACAUGUUCGAUGUGACUUUGCUGUACCAGUGCAUUCAGUUCGGGUGCGACGGCCUCGCUCUGCCGCGGGACAGGCGGUGGGCGGACUCGGGGGACAGUCUCGAACGCUACGUCACCGCCGUCAAGAACUUCAGGAACGAUCUGCUGCACGAGGAAUACAAGAUCGACGCGGCCACCUUCGUCACCAAGACGGAGGAACUGAGGGAACUCCUGACGAAGACUCUGAAGAAAGCCGGGGAGGUCUUCAAGAUCGACGCGGGCUUGGUCACCUCGAUUAUCCGCAAGUUGGACGAGGACAUCAACAACAUUAGGGACAAGCCUUUGGAAGCAUCCAGUGGACACAUGUACAUCUCGGACAGCCUUCGCCACUGCGUGUGCACUCAAGGAAAACUCGACAUGAAGAAGAGGUACAAGCAGCUGUCCUAUUUCGGCCCCGCUUCCAGCCUGCUUGGUGAUAGGGCCGUGGUGCGCGUUGACAAAAUCUUCACCCAGAUGAAGAUGGUCAGAGAGGAGAGUGAGGAGGUGAACCCAGAUGAAGGUGACAUUGAUAUCGAAUAUAAUGACAUGCUGGUGUUCUUGGAGAGCAGACAGAGCCAAAGUAGCAAGACCAACACUGCUGUCCUGGUGGAAGGGCAGGCGGGCGUUGGCAAGACGACACUAACCAGGAAAAUGGUAAGUGACUGGGCAUCUGAGACAACCACCAUGAAACACCUUGUCGACUAUGACUUGCUGAUUCUCUGUGAGUGCAGGGAUAAAAGCAUCGUAUCUCUUACUCACCUUCUUGAAUCUUUAAUGGCCAACGCAUGCAGAAAGGUACAGCGGGAAGACCUCAUUAAGUGCAUUGAAGACAAGAAACUGCUUUGUAUAAUUGAUGGAUUGGACGAGAUCAACCCAUCAUCGGAACAGGUUCUGAGGCAAAUCCUGAAGAUGGGGGAAACCAACGACAUCACUCUUAUCUGCACGACGCGGCCCAACAAAGUUCAUUCCUUCAAGUACUAUCUUCCCGAGAACUUUGCAGUCGUCAAAGUCAAGAUCACAGGCAUAGCAGAGAGCAGGAGGGAGGACUUUGUGCGAAAUUACAGCCAGGCCUUGUCGUUGGAGGCGAAGACGGAGGACAUAUCGGGGCUGCUGCACUUCCUGAAGAGAACGGAGAGCCGGCUUCAAGACCACUGGCGGCUGCCGUUCAACUUGGUUCUUUUGACCAUCUUGUGGUUCUUGGACACAGACGCCGUGAACAGCUUGACCACAGCAACAGAACUCUUCAUGACAACACACAAAGUAAAUCAAAGAAAGCUGCAGAAGAGGUUAUUUGAGCAUGAAAAGACGCGCAGCUUGGAACCACAUGAACUCAAAGAUAAAACGAAUAAAUUCCUCCGAAGGCUUUAUAAAGAGGCUUUGAUCAACCAUUAUGGUGACGAUACCGUGCUUUCGGAGGCUUCGAUGCUGAGGCUUCAGGACACGUGCGAUUUCCUGCAGUUACCUUCAGCGGAAGUCCUGGGCACCUUCCUCAUCCAGUCAACGUCGCUGACGGAUGAGACCAAGACCAGGUACAGCUUUCCUCACAAGAGCCUGCAGGACUUCUACUCAGCGCUCUACAUCACCGACACUCUUAUGGCCGACGAGAUUGUCCUAGACAUUCCUCGCAUCAUCUCUACGUUCGAAAACGCACUGCAGAGCAUCGGUGCCCCGACGUGCCUUAGCCAGUACAUAGACACGGAAAAAAUCGCGAAGCACGGAGCCUCCGCGCCGUCUCGGUCCAUCGAAUGCGUGCUCAAGGAAGGGGCGGAGGAAGCUGCGAAGUAUUUUGCGAAAAGGGAGGAGAACAAGGUAGCAAAGUGGAAUCUGAAGGAUUACCAGAACGUCCUUUGUCACUGCGCCAGUCUCCUGCACGGCCUCGGGGCAACCGUGACAGAGAGCAGGGCCUCGGAAAUCGUGAAAUUGCUAAAGGCUUCGGGCGUUUCCGACAGAGAUCAGUGGUUGGACUUGCUCACCGAAAUCAAAUGCGACGCAACGGUCAGCAAAUACAUAGCAUAUGCGAUGGACCUGACAGACACGGUGAAAAUCACGGAUUCUAGCGUAGAAGCCUAUGCCAGUGUUCUCAACCACGCCUCCCCUUCGCGCGUAGACAUCUGCAUAAGCAACGACCCUCAACAGGUACCAGGACUGACCAAGCUCUUAAGUACUCUCAGCCUACAGACCUGCCAGGUGAGGCUCGACAUACAGAACGACUUCCAAAAUCCCAAGGCAGGCGGAAGCGUUCUAGAGGAAGCGCUGCAGCAACUUUUCCAAAGCUGUCGCGUGACUCACUUCAGCGGACAAUUAGGCAGAGAAGCGGCUGAGAAGCUACCGAAGUCACUGGAAGUCCUGAGGAUAUCGAUACCAAAUGACAGCCAUUACCGAGAGCUUAGCCCGGUACUUUCAACCCUUAGAUACCGGUUACCACGCCUGGGGAUCCUGUGGUUACACUUGAUGGCCAGCAUUGACCCCUCGAUCCUGCAACAACUUCCUCAGAUACAAAGCCUGCAUGUUACUCUUAGCGGUGUGGAUGAAACGACAGUAGGGUGGGCGUGUAAAGCUGCCUGUUUAUUACAACCUGUUGGCGGCUUUUGGUACAGAAGUCUCAUGUUUCCCGGCAUUGCGAAGAGCGUGUAUACCUGCGAACAGCUGUUACUCGGUUUAGCGUCGAAAGGUGUCCGAGUCGGUGUCAGAAUCGAGGUGUCACCCCGUCUGACACCUUCCGAUAGGAUGUACUUGCAUGACCUCACUCGACCCCGUUACACCAUAAGCUCAGACGACGACAACAAUAUAUGGAACUGGCUGCUGUAACCGGCCCCCUUUUACUCUUCUAAGAUGGGGAAAUUCCUUGCUAAUAUACCAAUGCCGUGGAAAAUCUUCGUCACGUACUAAAUCCUAGCAAAGUGUGGAAAUUACUGAAAAUAAAUUCUACAAAAUAC